AAAGAGGUGGAUCGCUUCAGGAGACUCAUCCGUUCACCAGACACGGUGGAGGAACUUGAUCGUACGUCAGGAUGCAAAGGCUCCAAGCAGCUCACCUGGGAUGCUGUUUUCCGGUUUUUACAGAAAUUUCUUCAAAAAGAGACAGAACUUCUGCAGUCAGGAAAAGCCAACGUUUCCGCCACCACGCAUGCAAACCGACAGAAAAAGAUGCAGGAAAUUAGCAGCCUGAUGAAGUAUUUCAUCAGAUGCGCCAACCAACGCGGUCCAAAGUUAAAGUGUGCAGAGCUGAUUUCUCAUGUGGUGGAGGUCUUACAGAGUCCGUUCAGCUGUGCGGCGUACGGCGAGGACUACAGCAAUAUUCUGCUAAAGAACAUCCUGUCUGUCCGUAAAUACUGGUGUGAGAUGAGCCAGCAGCAGUGGCACAGUCUUUUGGAUUUGUACUGUGGGUUGUUCAAUAAGGGAUCCAAGUCAGGGACCAAUAGAGUCCAAGUGAGUCGCAUCGUCUACACGGUCGUUUGGGGCUGUUGUGUCCAAACAGAGGCAUUAUUCCACACUCUCUUUAACUUCUUCCUGAAGGCUCUGAAAAGGUAUACAUGCCACAUAUGUUUUUUUUUAAUCUUAUGACGA